AUGGUGAUGCAAACCAGCCUGAGAGAAUCCAUGAACGCCAGAAGUAUCGGCUCCCCGAACUGCGGCGAGACGAUGGUUCUGGCCCACGGGUACGGGGCGGACCAGUCUGCGUGGGACGACGUCCUCCCCGGGCUCGCGGCCCACUACCGGGUCGUGGUCUUCGACUGGAGCUUCUCCGGCGCCGUGAAGGACCCGAACUUCUUCGACCCGGACAGGUACGCCACGUACGAGGGCUUCGCCAGCGACCUGGUUGGGCUCAUCGACGAGAUGGGCCUGGAGUCCGUCGUCUUCGUGGGCCACUCCAUGUCCGGGAUGGUCGGAUGCAUUGCUUCUGUCAAACGGCCCGAGCUCUUCAGCCGCCUCGUACUCGUCGGCGCUUCUCCUAGAUACAUGAACAGCGACGACUACGAAGGAGGAUUCGGCCGGUCGGACAUCGAGGACCUAAUGAACAACAUCGAGACCAACUUCCCCAACUGGGCCCAGGCCUUCGCCGGGAUGGUCGUCGGCGGGGACCAGCCAUCCGCCGCCGUCGACAAGUUCGCCGGGUCCCUGCGGCGGAUCAGGCCGGAGGUGGCGCUGGCCGUCGCUAAAACUGUCUUUUACUGUGACUAUAGGGAGCUGUUGGGAAAGGUCUCGACUCCCACCACCAUCGUGCAAACGACACGUGACGUGGCAGUGCCGACGUCGGUGGCUUACUUUAUCCAGGAGAAGAUCAGGGGGAAAUCGACGGUGGAGAUCGUUGAUACUGACGGCCAUUUCCCUCAUCUGACCGCACCGAAUGAGUUGCUCGAUGUGCUUGGUGGAGUUCUUGGGUUUGAAGCUAAUUGA